UCAUUUUCCAUGGACAAUGACUAACGAUCAAAUGAUGGAGAAUGUUCGCAAACACCAAAAUGUUUCCAAAUCCUGGAACUGAGAUAUCUACAGUUAGCAUUUUAAUGUGAAUGCUUGCUUCAGGACAGGGCCUUAAUAGAAAUGAUCUACCCGUUACGGUGUCAAAACAUAUUUCCAGGAUGUGAUUAAUCUAAGGAAAUGAUGCAGCUCGACUUUGUGAAAUGGCCUAUAAUAAGUCGAAUACUCAGAUGAUAUGAGAUUAACUUAGUUUUGUAAUGCACAUUCUGCUGCAUGGCGCAUGAUGAUGGAGGCCAUGUCACUCGCGUGCUGUUUUGUGGGCCUCACUUUCCUGCCUCACAUAAUUACACCAUAGAGUAUUUGAAGGGGUAUCCGUAUGUGCAGGUUGAUGUUGUACCUCUUGACGAAGUAGCUGAUGUGAUUGAGAAUUACCACCUUUGCAUAGUUAAAAACAAGCGCUUGGAUUCUGGUCUCAUUGCCCAUGCAAAGCAGAUGAAGCUGAUUAUGCAGUAUGGUGUUGGACUGGAAGGUGUUGAUGUUGAGGCUGCUACCAGGCAUGGAAUUAAAGUUGCAAGAAUUCCAGGAAAUGUGACUGGGAACUCUGUAUCAUGUGCUGAACAUGCAAUAUAUCUGAUGUUAGGCCUUUUAAGGAGACAAAAAGAAAUGGAAUCCGCAGUCCAACAAAUGCUAUUGGGACUGCCAGUCGGGGAGACACUUUUUGGUAAAACGGUCCUCAUUCUUGGGUAUGGUAAUAUUGGUGUUGAUCUUGCAUCACGUUUACGAGCAUUUGGUGUCAAAAUUCUGGCAACAAAACGAGACUGGAGCUGUAAUUCACUCAGUUCCACCAGCAGCUAUGUGGAUAAGAAGGGGGUGCUGGAGAACCUUUAUCAAUUUGCUGGCGAUGCUGACAUAGUCGCUGUUUGCAUGGCACUAAACGAUAAAACGGUUGGUAUUGUGGACAAGGAAUUCCUCUCUUCAAUGAAAAAGGGUGCUAUUCUGGUCAAUGUUGCUCGUGGUGGCCUCCUAGACUAUGAAGCUGUUAAAUUCUCUCUUGAAUCUGGACAUUUGGGUGGUCUGGGAAUUGACGUUGCAUGGACUGAGCCAUUUGAUCCAGAUGAUCCAAUUCUUAAGCAUCCUAAUGUGCUGAUCACACCUCAUAUUGCUGGAGUUACUGAAUAUUCCUACAGAUCUAUGGCAAAGGUUGUUGGAGAUUGUGCUCUUCAAUUGCAUGCUGGAACACCAUUGACAGGAAUAGAGUUUGUCAACUGAAUGCCAGAAAUUUUAAUGGUCUACUAGACAUUUGUGUUUAGGUGCAAUUUGGUAGAUGAUUGGAGUUGUGCUUUCUCUAUCGAUAGGCGUAGCCGCGUAGAAAUAAUAAGAAAUUGUGGAACGUGUGGGAAUGUAACCCAUUUUUUCUUUUGAAAAAUGAUGGAAGUUUGGGAAGAAAAACUUAAAAUAAUUCAAUCUCUUGGAUCAAUGCAGAUGCUGUUGGUCCUAAGAGCCAAUUGGUAUGGCCAUCGACAGAUUAGACAAAAGAUGGUGGUGAAAUGUGAUCUGAUUUUCAUCUACA